AUGGUGGCAGCCGCCCUGAUGAUGGCGCGCUGCCUCGCGCUGCUGCUGCUGCUGCUCUACCUCUGCGCGCCGCGACGGGCCCCCGCUCGAAGGCUACAUCUGACGAGGCGUAGACUGAAGCCCGAAUCGUGGACUUGCUGCAACCGGGUUGAAUUUUCGAGCACACCGUUCUCACAAUGGAAACUCACGAUCUCUGUACGUGGUGUCGCAGUCUACCGAUACCUGAAU